AAAAAAAAAAAAAAAAAAAAAAAAAAAAAAAAAAAAAAAAAAUGUACGUGACCGCGACACAAGUGAAAAUUGCGUCGAUACUCACGAUCGGCAUUGGGAGUUUUGUCGUGAGUAUUGCGCCAGCGUGUUUCGUUUCACAUGUACGAGAUUUUCAACAUAAGUUAAUUCUCUCUUGUGUACUUUGUUUCGGCGGAGGAGUCUUAUUAGCCACUUCGAUACUUCACAUGCUACCAGAAGUAAGAGAGUCCCUACCAAAAUACGGAGAACUUGCUAUUUCUUGUGGAUUUCUUUUACUUUAUUUCGUUGACGAGUGUGUUCAUUAUUUUUGGGGUAGCAAUAUCGAUUAUUCUCCAAACUCGUAUAAUCAUGACCAUGGAAACAGAAAUAGAAACUUUCAAGUUUGUGGAGAAUAUCGACGCCCCCAUUCUCAACAGUUUGGUUACAACGUAGCAAGCCAAAAUGUGAGAAGCGUUUACCCGAAUGAAACUAAAAUGGGGUAUCAAUCGAAUUUGCGCGAGAAUAAUGAAUACACCAAUCGGAAAUCAAGUUAUUAUGGAUCGAUGCAAUACGCAUCAAACGCACGUGCCUCUUAUUCCAACGAGGAGUUGACAUUUUUAUGUCACGGCUCUCACACGGAACCUUGCUCGGAUGCCAAAGUGGGCUCUGUAGGCCUUUUACUGGCACUCACCAUUCAUUCAAUCUUGGAGGGAUUGGCUAUUGGCUUACAAAAAAAACCGGCUGAGAUUCUGCUUUUCUUAGUGGCCGUGGCAUCUCAUAAAUUUAUCGUUGGAUUCUGUAUGGGUUUAGAAUUAAUAGGUACGGGUAAUUCCACGAGCAAACUCGCCCUAGCGAGUUUUGUAUUUGCCAUUAGUUCUGUUAUAGGUAUAGGAAUUGGUAUGUUUACGUCAGAGGGAAAUGCAUCAUGGUCUCAAGCAUUGCUACCGAUUUUGCAAGGAUUAGCAGGAGGGACGUUACUUUACGUUACGGUCAGUGAAGUUUUGCCACGUGAAAGAGCGAGAUGGCACAAAAGUUCACGCCGUUCCGCCGGUAUUUUUCAAUUUUUUUCGACUACGACCGGAUUUUUGCUAAUCUUUCUUAUGAAUACUUAUAUUAGCACUUGAACGUAAUAAAGAUUAAAUAGAUUUCGCUGAAUAGAGAUUAAAUGAGGAUUGUGUAAAGGUUUUUAAACGAAGCUUGGUGAUACUUAAGACUGUUCAACUCUGGUUUUAUAAUGGUUUAUACCAACAAUGAGUACAGGCGUAAUUCUUGAACAAGGUCUCAUUUUGAAAAAGCUUUACUUUCUUUGAAAAAAAUUCUAUCAAAAAUGAUAUGUUUUCAACAAUAGUUUAUGCAUAAAAAUUAAGCUUUUUAAAUAAUUUGAAAAAGCCAUGUUCUUUCUUAAAUCUUUAUCUUUAAAAUAAGAUUUUGUUCAUCAAAACCGUUCAAGAAUUAUACUUGGACUCACUGUUAAAGUAAAUACUAUUUUUGACACUUUUUGUGAAAAAAGUUUCAAACAAUGGCGCAAUUGAAUUUUGAGGUAAAAGAGAAAAAGCUAUUAUUUCCACUACUGGUAUUCAUAUACAUAUCAGAAUGGCGUGCGUUUUGUUCCGUGAAGUAAACAAUUGUUUCCUUAUUUGUAUGCGUAAACCGGUAUUCAGGUUUUUUGGUCCAUUCAAAAAGCAAGGAAACAUGUUUUGUCCGCUCACACGAAAAAGCCACGGUAAUUUAUUCAGGCAUUUUAAUAAGCUUCUAACUGAUAAUCCUAUGGUAAAAAUAAACAAAUCCAUGUUCAGACAUUCAUACUAAUAGGUCUUAGGAAUAGUAUAUAAUUUUGGAAUAAUUUUAUAAUUAUUUAAACGAUGUAUAAUAUACACGAAGUAUAAUAAAUUAAUAUUUAAACAAUAA